UAACUACUCCUGUUUGAAACUGUCAACAACCAAACCCCAAAAAGCACAAGACAAAACAUCAACUAGAAUUGCCCAAAAUAAAGAAAAGAGCAACAGAGUCCGUUUUAAUCCUCUCUGCAAUUGUUUCUAAACUUUUCUCCAUGGCUGCUGCAAUUCAGCCAUGGCAUCUCAUCUCCCUGUUUUUUGUUCCCCUCCUUUCUCUUGUUCAUUUAUCUGCCUGUCAACCCAAUUCCCCUCGGAAUAUUGAAACUUUCUAUCCAUUCCAGCCUCCUCCAAAUCCAACUCCAGACAAUCCUCAAAUUUCCCCACCAUCAACUCCCAUAGAACCACCACCACCACCACCACUGUUGCUGUCACCGCCACCACCGCCAUCAUCAAAGUCAUCAUCAAGCAAUGCUGUUGCUAAGGCAGUCGCUGCAACAGCAGCCAGCACAAUAGUUGUUGCCGGGUUGUUCUUCCUUCUGUUCCAAAGGUACACGGUUGCAAGGAGGAGAAGACAGAAAGAGGGUAAUGAUCCACGAGAAGGUGGUCAACAUGUGGUGCAUCAUACUGAGUUCUCAAGAUUCAAUGGAAAUCUCAAGGGGCUGAUUGUUGAUGAGAAUGGUUUGGACGUGCUUUAUUGGAAGCAGCUUGAAGAGGGAAACAGGAAGAAUAGUUUCCGUAAAGAGGCUCUACAUAAUCUGAAAGAUGACGAAAAAAGGAUGAGUCGGAAUGGAGAUCGGAGGGCAAAGCCUGAGCCUAUACAAGAAAUUCCUUUGCUACGAGGGAAGUCUUCAACUUCCUAUGAUGAAGUUCAAGAAGAAGUGGAAAAUCUGAAUCGGUUUUCAGCCCCCCCUCCUUUGUCACAAUCUUUUGAGAUUUCUCUUGAGGCUGUGGGAAAACCAGAAUCAUCAAUUCAACCAUCCACAUCUCCCCCACCACCACCACCACCUAUAUUGGCAAUUCCACGGCAGCCAAGGCCUCCACCACCUCCCCCACCACCAAUCCCAGCUAAGAUAAAUCCCACACCACCACCACCACCACCACCUAAGGCAGGUGGUUUUACUUCAUCAACAAAAGAAGCAUCAUCGGUGCCCAAAGGGGUGCCUAAUGGCAGUAAACUAGGAGAGUCUUCAUCUGGAUAUAGCAAGGCAGGGACUGGAAAUGGUCAGGUGGCGCUGAAGCCAUUGCAUUGGGAUAAAGUGAACACUAACGCUGAUCAUUCAAUGGUGUGGCACAAAAUUGAUGGCGGUUCUUUCAGCUUCGAUGGUGACCUCAUGGAAGCACUGUUUGGAUUUGUUGCUACUAAUCGGAGAUCUCCUCAAAGAAACCAUAACAACCCAAAUGGUGCCAGCUCAAGUCAAUCGGCUCAGAUUUUCAUCCUUGAUAGUCGAAAGUCCCAAAACACAGCAAUUGUGCUCCGAUCUUUAGCAAUCUCGCGAAAAGAGAUCCUCAACGCACUCAUCGAGGGCCAAGACCUGAAUGCAGAUACUCUUGAAAAGCUUACAAAAAUUGCCCCAACUAAAGAAGAAGAAUCCCAAAUCCUUGCAUUCAAGGGAGACCCCACAAGACUGGCUGAUGCUGAAUCCUUCCUCUACCAUAUCCUAAAAGCUGUUCCAUCAGCAUUUGAUCGUCUCAGUGCCAUGUUUUUCAGAUUGAAUUAUGACUCAGAGAUUCUCCAUCUCAGGGAAUGUUUACAAACACUUGAAUUGGGUUGCAAGGAGCUUCGAACUCGAGGACUUUUCUUAAAACUUUUGGAAGCCAUACUCAAGGCAGGCAAUCGCAUGAAUGCUGGAACUUCCAGAGGGAAUGCCCACGCUUUUAACCUUGCUGCUCUUCAAAAGCUUUCUGAUGUUAAAAGCACUGAUGGAAAAACUACGUUACUUCACUUUGUUGUGGAAGAAGUAGUCCGUUCUGAGGGAAAACGUUGUGUUUUGAACCGAAAUCGCAGCUUGAGUCGCAGCAGCAGUCAGAGCAGCAGCAACAGUAGUCUGUAUUCUGAGAACUCAACAUCAAGAGAGGAUAGAGAAAAGGAAUACAUAAUGAUUGGUUUACCAGUGGUAGGAGGCCUAAGUGCUGAAUUCUCUAAUGUAAAGAAAGCAGCUGUAAUAGACUACAAUGCCUUUGCUGGCGUAUGUUCAACUCUCACAGCCCAUUCCACUGAAAUCAAGCAAUUUGUGGCACAAUUUGCCAACAGUGAUGGAGGAUUUUUGAGGAAGAUGAAAAGUUUUCUCAAAGCAUCUGAUGAAGAAUUAAGGGAAGUGAGAGAAGAGCAAACAAGGGUAAUGGAUCUGGUAAGGAGAACAACAGAAUAUUAUCAACCACGAUCUUCAAAGAACAAAGAGGCAAGCCCGGUUCAAUUAUUUGUUAUAGUAAAAAAUUUCCUGGGUAUGGUCGAUCAGGUCUGUGUUGAUAUUGCUCGAAAUCUACAACGGAGGAAAACAACCACAACAAAUUUGGGGUCAUCAUCAACAAAGUCACCACCAUCAAGAAUUCCAGUGAAAUUUCCAAACUUGCCACCAAAUUUCAUGUCAGACAAGUCCAGGAACUCUUCUUCUAGUGAUUCAGAAGAUGAGUUCUGAAUAGAUCACACCACAAGAGGGAAUAAAUUAAUGUACAUUGAUGAAGUGAUCCAAAGUACAGGAUAUGGAAGUAUAAGAGUGAGUGAUUAUUUGAACAUGUUGAUUUUUUCUUUUUCAAUUUUUUUGUAAAAAGGUGAUUGCAUUAAAGUUCUUAGUUUUGUUCAUUUGA